AUGGCUCAAGGGGUAUUGAGCUCGGAUAUUUCCAGAAGAAAUCCACAGGACGACUACGAGUUGAUCCAGAGGAUAGGGAGUGGGACUUAUGGAGAUGUCUACAAGGCUAAAAGACUUUCAACAAAUGACUUGGCAGCGAUAAAAGUAAUAAAACUAGAGCCUGGAGAUGACUUUGGUAUCAUCCAGCAAGAAAUUCUUAUGAUGAGAGACUGUAGACAUCCAAAUAUAAUAGCAUAUUAUGGUAGUUAUUUACGUAGAGACAAACUGUGGAUUUGUAUGGAAUAUUGUGGAGGUGGAUCUCUUCAAGACAUUUAUCACAUCACAGGUCCUUUAACUGAGAAUCAAAUAGCCUACAUGUGUAGAGAGACACUACUUGGUUUGCAGUAUCUUCAUUCCAUGGGGAAAAUGCAUAGGGACAUUAAAGGUGCUAAUAUUCUCCUCACUGAGUGUGGUGAUGUCAAAUUGGCUGAUUUUGGUGUUUCUGCUCAGAUAACUGCUACCAUCAAUAAGAGAAAGUCAUUCAUAGGAACACCAUAUUGGAUGGCACCUGAGGUUGCUGCAGUUGAACGUAAGGGUGGUUACAACCAGUUAUGUGACAUUUGGGCUACUGGUAUCACAGCAAUUGAACUAGCAGAGUUGCAACCACCCAUGUUUGAUUUGCAUCCAAUGAGGGCAUUGUUUUUGAUGUCCAAAAGUGGUUUUAAACCUCCAACAUUGAAAGACAAAGAAAAAUGGAGUCCAACAUUCCACAAUUUUAUCAAAGUAGCUUUAACAAAAAAUCCAAAGAAAAGACCCACUGCUGAAAAACUCUUACAGCAUGCUAUUUUCCAAGGAGAUAUGCAUAGAAGACUGGCUAUAGAAUUGCUCCAGAAAGUUAGUAAUCCUUCACAUAUGUUCACCAGUGAAGAACCAGAUGAUGAUGGGGCUAUUCCAAAUGUACCUCAAAGAAUUGCUUCUAGACCACCAGAUAGGUCAAAACAGCAUAAUGCUAUUCUUUCCAAUUCUGAAAUGGAUAGAAUAGAUGAAGCUAAUAAUACACUACUUAGAGCAUCAGAAUUACCCAGUGUUAUAGUUGAAGAAAAAUCACAACCUUGGGAUGUCAUGGACAUUAUGAACAAUGUCACCAGUGUCCAUAUUUGCGUGGAGCAUCAGAAUCAAAAAUGUGGUAUAGGAAACGCUUUUGAUUCACUUAACAGAGAAAAGAGUCUUUUGCAGUACAUUGACGAAGAAUUAAUGAUGAGGGGGAGCUACAAAUAUCACCAGACGGACUACGAACAACAGGCCACCCUGCCGCUCGAGCACUGCGACGCCGGCGACAAGAGCGAAGCCACGCCCCCCAGCCCUUCGCCCGACCACGCCCACCAGCCGUUCAACGCGUCGCCGCGUCGCCAUUCGUCCGUCGACGAGAUCUUCGGGCUGGUGGGGUCGAUGACCUUGAACGGGCCGCGGCAGCGGUCGUUGAGCGACAGCAGCCGGACGGGCAGGAGCAGGGACCGGGAGGUGAACGGAACUGAAGGCGGAUCCAACAACCACGAAUCAGGCAACACGGACCUGGUCACGUGUCCGCCGGUACCUCCCAGAAAGCACAGACGGAGACAUACGCCCCCGAGACCUCCUAGCAACGGUUUGCCUCCCACUCCCAAAGUUCACAUGGGCGCCUGCUUCUCCAAGGUUUUCAACGGUUGCCCCUUGAGAAUCCACUGCACAGCGUCCUGGAUUAAUCCGGACACGCGCGAUCAGCACAUCCUCAUAGGUGCCGAGGAGGGCAUCUACAACCUCAACCUCAACGAGCUGCACGAGACCGCCAUCGAUCAGUUGUACAACAGGCGGACGGUGUGGAUGUAUGUCAUCAAGGACGUCCUCAUGACACUGUCAGGUAAAACUCCGCAGCUGUACAGGCACGACCUCUUGGCCUUGCAGAACAAGCAAUCGCACCGGUUCAGUCUGCACAUGAACCGCAUGCCUGAGAGGCUAGUGCCGCGCAAGUUCGCGCUGACGACGCGAGUGCCUGACACGCGAGGCACUUUGAGGUGCUGUGUGGCCAGGAACCCGUACAACGGGUAUAAGUACCUGUGCGGGGCCACAGUGACUGGGAUAUACCUGAUGCAGUGGUACGAUCCGUUGAACAAGUUCAUGUUGUUGAAGCACGUGGAAUGUACAUUUCCCAACCCCCUACACGUUUUCGAGAUGAUAAUAACACCGGAAUUUGAAUACCCAAUGGUGUGCGUUUCCAUCAAACAGGCUUACCAACCGAACAGAUUCAAAUUGGAUUUGAUCAACAUGAAUUCAGGUUCGAAUUGGUUUCAUUCUGACGAGCUUCAAGAUAUGGACGGUACGGCGACUGUCAUCCCUAGAAGGGAGAAUCUGGACAUAGUGAACGUCACCCAAUUAGACAAAGACUCGAUUUUAGUGUGUUACGAUAACGUUAUUAGGAUAGUGAACCCGCAAGGGAAGCUGAAAUCAACCAAAAAACAAGUGUCUGAUAUGAGAUUCGAUUUCAGAAUAGAAAGUAUUUUAUGUCUUCCGGAUAGUGUUCUAGCAUUUCACAAACACGGAGUUCAAGGAAGGUCAUUGAAAAAUGGUGAAAUUACACAAGAGAUUACUGAUACUUCAAGGACAUAUAAACUUUUAGGCUCAGAUAAAGUUGUGAUGUUAGAAAGUAAUUUAUUACGAACUGGAACUUUAACAAAUGAAGAAGGUCACGACUUGUACAUUUUGGCGGGACAUGAAGCAAGUUAUUAA